AUGAAUUGUAUAGAAAAUUAUAAACAACCAUACCAAAUUUCAGAUAAAAUAAUUAUAUUGGGCAAAAAUCAUAAUAAUAAUAAUAAUAGUUCGGGUUCAUCUCCAUUUUUAAAUAGUAAUAUCAAUAAUAAAACUCCAUCCAGUAACACCAUUAAUAGUAAUCCUAUGGAUAACCAUAUGUGCCAUUUUUUAUUAGAAAAAAAUAACAAUAAUAACACAACAAUGACAUCUAAAAAUAAUUUAAUUUCAAGCAAUAACACAAAUAAUAAUAAUCUUAAUAAUAAUUCAAAUAAUACAACUAAUAAUUUAUUAAUUCAAAAUAAUAAUAAUGAAAACUAUUUUAAUCAAAUUAAAAACAAUCCAAACUCUGGUUUAUUUUUCAAUUUUAAAGCAAAUAUAAAUAACGAUAACUAUCCAACAGUAUGUGCACAUAAAUCAAUUUGUUUAAUUUGCAAUAGAGAUAUUCCACCAUGUCUUUCAUCAAGAUCCGUUUCAUGGGUUUCCAUUUUACGGGUUGUUUUCUAUUCUCUUAAAAACCUUUACCCUGAAAAGGAAUACUUUAAUUUAAAAAAAGAUGUAUAUGGUUAUGUUGCAACUCAUUGGUCUCUAAUUUGCACUAAAAAGAAGAAAACCCCAGGUUGGAGAAAACAAUUACAAGAUGCCCUAUCACAUUGUAGAAGGCUUUUUGAAUCUGGUGCUGACCACCAUGAAUGCUAUGGAUUUUGGAAAUUAAAAGACAUGUCUGAUCCAUGGGAAGAUAAUACAAACAAUAGCAAUAAUAAUAAUAAUAAUAAUACCAAUAACAACAAUAACCAUAUUGAUAUUUCAAGUAACAAUAAUAUUAAUAAUACUAAUAACAACGUUUUAACCAGUAGUGGAAAUAAUAUAAUAAAUAACAAUGGAUCACCUUUCUCAAGCCCAUCUUCACCUCAAAUGGUUUAUACUUCUCCUGUAUUAAGUUUAUCAAAUAACUCUUCACCAAAUUAUAAUAAUUUAUCUCAAUCAAAUAGUAUUACUACAACACCUUUAUUAGGAUCGACUCAUUCACCAAGCUAUUUAACUACCUCUUCGAAUAGUAUUAGAAAUGGUUCUAGAUACUCACCAAAUCUUUUAAAUAAUAGUAAUAACAUUAACUCUAAUGGAUCAGUAACACCAAACUCAUUAAUAUCAACACAUCAUAGUAGAAAUCUUUCAAACAGUAUAAAUGGUUUUACAUUACACUCAUCAUCGACGUCAUCCACCCCAUCUAUUUCAUCAGGCUUACUAUCGCCACAAUCAAACUCUUCCGCCAAUCCAACACAAUAUUUAAAUAUUAAUAACUAUAUAAACGAUUUAUCAAACCUUGGUAUCUCAUCACCUGUAUUAACAAACACAUUGGUAUCAAGACCAAGAAGCAAAUCAUUGGGUAACAGCCUCUUCCAAUUAGACUCGCCUACCACCAAACCUCAAAUUAUUAAUAACGAAAAUUCGAUUUUAACUCCAAUUAACAAUAUAUCAAACAAUAUUAAUUUAUCAUCAUCAUUUAAUAAUAUGAUUCAAUAUGCCAAAACCAAGAGAUCUAAUUCCCAACAAUACUAUCCAGCAAACAACCUUAAAUCAAUCUACAGACCAGAAAAACUACCAAAACUUCAUGAAGAUUUUAAUAGCGAUUAUAAUAUUUUAAAUCAAAAUAGCCAUGACCACCAAGUAGUACCUAAUGAUAACAAUACAUCCAACGAUAAAGUAUCAAUUUCUAAUCUUUUAAACAACUCUACUGAUUCCUUUGAAGAUUCACCACCAAGAAAUAACAACUCUUUAUCAAACUCUGAUAUUAUAUUUAAAUUUUCAAGAAAAAGAUCUUUUGAUUUAACAUAA